AAAUAUUUUUUCAACGGCUCUGGGUAAACUUUUAUAGCGGCGAAUGAGAGAAUGUGUUUCCAUUUGCACAAAUAGCAGAAGAAAAACUCCACAAUAGUGUUUUCAUAACUUUCAAAAAGACGGGGGAAAAAUAGAGAGCGAUUGAUAACGGCAGUCAGAAGAGAGAAAGAUGUAAUUUUUACCGUCACUCCCAUAGCCGCUUAGAAAAAUCUUCACAGCAGCAGCUAGUUUUUUUUUGUAAUUUGAUGCAACGGUAAUAUAAUACUAUAUAAAAUUGUUAUAAAUAUACAUACAUUUAAAAAAAAAAUGAAAAUAUAAAAAACUGCAGGAUUUACGAUAUUGAUGACCGUUAAAACGCGUCAUCACCGUCUGUGAAAAGGGUCUAUUUCUAAAAAAAAAAAAAAAAAAAACUAUUAUUAAUUAAUACGUACUAUGAAAAAAAUGAUAAAAACAAAUAAUUGGUAAAUAAACAAUAUAAAUGUCAAGUUCAAUCACAAAAAAAAGUAUUUUUGUGUUUGUGCUGCAGCCAGCAGAUGUCACCCACGGGCGCAGUAAACACUGAACAUGUGACACUGUAAGAGCCUGUAAGAUCCACAGUGUGUUUCUGUUUUUUCUAAUAAUCCAUGACGAGCCUCUCCUGACCAAACCCCGUCAUCAACAACACACACAAACAACACUGGACAAGUCACAAUGGCGAGCAGACGGGCCUCGGUGUCUUCCUCAUCGGCGGGUCUGGAGGCCUGGUUCCCCGCGCCCGGCAGCGGGGAGGAUGAGCCGGAGCUGCGGCGGCUGCGGGAGCGGCUGCGCGGGUGGCUGUCGCAGUGCGAGCCCGCGGUGAUCUACGCGCAGCGGCUGCUGGUGUGGGAGAGGCCGCUGCACAGCAUCAUCGCCGCGCUCGCGCUCAACACGCUGUUUUGGCUCCUGUCGUCCACAUCUUUGAGACCUCUGUUCCUCCUGAGCGUGUCUCUCAUUGGACUGACUCUACUGGAGAGAUGGAAAGACAAGCUGCCACAGAUCACUGUGUGGCAUCCAGAGGCGUCUGUCAUUGAGCGAGAAACACUAACUGAUCAGCCACGUCUGUUAAGCGUGGAGGAACUCAGCCAUCAUCUCGCCGAGAGUUACCUCACCUUCAGCCUGUACAUCCAAGAAAUGCUUCAGUACAAACGACAAAACCACGGCAAGUUCUGCAUCAUGAUGUGUUCAGGAUGUUUAAUGCUGGCCCUGGUUGGACAUUACAUUCCUGGGAUUAUGAUCUCCUACAUCAUAUUGCUGAGUGUGCUGCUGUGGCCGCUGGUGGUCUACCAUGAGCUGAUCCAGAAAAUGUACACCGGGCUGGAGCCCAUACUGAUGAAACUCGACUACAGCAUGAAAGGAGACACACAACGCCGCAAAUACGACAAGAGAAAGCUGAAGAAGGAGCAGGAAGAGGGUGACGAGCCGAGGGCAGAGACGGAGAGCGAGAGUGAGGAGGAGCUGUCCUGUUUCGCUCCCACUGUGGAUGUGAAGACUACGGCUCUGGCGAUGGCCAUCACAGACUCUGAGCUGUCCGAUGAGGAGGCGUCCAUCCUGGAGAGUGGAGGAUUCUCUGUGUCCAGAGCCACAACACCACAGCUCACAGACGUCUCUGAAGCAGACCUGGAUCAGCAGAGCGUACACAGUGAACCGGAGGAGGCGUUCACUAGAGACCUAGCGGAGUUUCCUUCAGUGGACGAGAUGCCUUCUAUUGAACCGGGUCUGUUCCAUUUCCCGUUGGGCGUUCUCGGGUCUGAGCAGGCGGGAGCUUCUGGCUCCGAUCUCCAGGAGGAAGCCCUGUCUCCGGCCAGCCUCCUCAUUCAGCACUUAGCAUCUCCCCUCCACUUUGUCAACACACACUUCAAUGGACACGGACAAGCGGCGGGGGCAGACCAAAGCAUUGUGGGUACUGAGAAAGCGGGAAGAGUAUCAAAACCCGCUAGAUCCCUGGAAGCCCUCAGCGAGGAGAUAGUGAGCACGGCCAUCUCAACCGUAGUACAGAACACUCUCUCAGCCCUGUUGCGGUCUACGGAGGCCAGCGAAGGCUCAUCCAUGGCUUCGUUCCUUCCCACCGAAACGCCUCCUUGCCCGAUGGAAUCGCCCCUCGAGUUGCCGUCCACCCAAGAAGCCAGCGCAGAGGAAGAGGACGCUGACGUCACCGAAGCAAGCACCGAAGAGCAGCCGGAUGUGACGCUCGUACCCACGGAAGAAGAGGACUUUGAGCUACUGGACCAAAGCGAACUGGAACAGAUGGAUGAGGGGUUGGGCCUGGAUGUUGAUGGACAGGAAGUGGGCGGGGCUUCCACAGACACACCCCCAAGCAGUCAGCAGCAUGCAGACCAGCAGGAUUCCUAGCUUCCCAUCAUCUAAACUGUUUAUUUUAUUUAUAGUCCAUGUAGAUACCAUAACUGACAUAUGAUUUGUGAAAGGGAAUGUCGCAGUCAACUAUGCCUUUCUUGUUGUUUUCGGCAGUGAGAUCACUGUGAUUGUUGGUGUAUGUCGCAAAAUGUAUGACACAAAUCCUAACCUGCGAUGGUUAUAAGGUUUUUUGACCGAUCCAAAUGACCUAAAAAUCAAGCCAUUCAGAUUUCAAAAGCGACUUAAAAUAGACGUACAAGAUUGAAUCGUUUAUUGUAUGUAUAUUUUGACAAGAGCCUUCUGGUUUAUUAAUCCCACGCUGACCGUUUUCAUAGGGUUUAAUGCAUCAUGGGAACAAGCCAUGUGGGCCGAGUUUUAUUUGCUUGUAGGGCUGGUAGGUUUUGUGUGGAAGGAGAGGCUGAGCAGGACACGACUGCAAAUUCUCAACGCAGAUUUCUUUUCAUAAGAAUAACUAAACUAAUAUAUACUAUAUUAUAUACCUAUGAAGUGGAUGGUCUUAUUUAUUAAAAUUGGUUAGAGUGAAGAAUGGUUUACUAUUAAAUAUGUCUCGAAUAAAUAUUAAAGUUGCUGGGAGAUAUUCUGGUACACAAAACUUAAAGUUAGCAAAUUUGGCUGAAUUCCAAUUAAAGGAUUAGUUCAGUUCAGAAUAAAAAUUGCCUGAUAAUUUACUCACCCCCAUGUCAUCCGAGAUGUUCAUGUCUGUCUUUCUUUAGUCGAAAAAAAAUUAAGGUUUUUGAGGAAAACAUUCCAGGAUUUUUCUCCAUAUAGUGGACUUCAACAGUUACCAACGGGUUGAAGGUCCAAAUGUCAGUUUCAGUGCAGCUUCAAAGAGCUCUACACGAUCCCAGACGAGGAAUAAGGGUCUUAACUAGUGAAACAAUCAGUCAUUUUCUAAAAAAAAAAGCCACAAAUGCUCGUCUUGUACUGCUCUGCGAUGUGUCACGCAUUAUGUAAUCAUGUUGGAAAGGUCACGCGUGAUGUAGGAGGAAGUACCGAGCAAGUGUUUACAAAGCAAACCAUGCAAAGACUAAGUCAAACGGCCUUUACAAAAAAAAGGUAAAACAACGAUGUCGGACAAUUUUGAAGUUGGAGGAGAAAUGAGAUGGAGUUUUUCACCCUACUCCGGUACAUUCGCCUACGUCACGCGUGACCUUUCCAACGUGAUUACGUAAUGCGUGACACAUCGCAGAACAGUGCAAGAUGAGCAUUUGUGGUUAAAAAGUAUAUCAUUUUUAUUUUUUUAGAAAAUGGCUGAUCGUUUCUCUAGAUAAGACUCUUAUUCCUCGUCUGGGAUCGUGUAGAAGCUGCACUGAAACUGACAUUUGGACCUUCAACACGUUGAACCCCAGUGAAGUCCACUAUAUGGAGAAAAAUCCUGGAAUGUUUUCAUCAGAAACCUUAAUUUCUUUUCGACUGAAGAAAGAAAGACAUGAACAGAAAGACAUAAAUCUUGGAUGACAUGGGGGUGAGUAAAUUAACGGGAAAUUUGAAUUCUGAAGUGAACUAAUCCUUUAAGUAUAAAUCAAUUUCUGAAAAUUGUUUUGAAAAAUUAAUAUUGGAUUUUGUCAUUUACUUCUCGCGCACAUAUAUAUAUAUAUAUAUAUAUAUAUAUAUAUAUAUAUAUAUAUAUAUAUAUAUAUAAAUAUUAUAUGAAAAUUUAUUUUUAUUUUUUUUUGCACAAAAGUGACCGUGAAUGCAGCAUAGCAUACUUUAGCUGGCAGAAACAUUCCCUGUUCAUUGUGCUUUUUUCCCCCUACGUCAUGUAGAAGAAUUAGGAGUCUAACCCUAACUUUCAUAUGUUCAUAUUCAGGUUCAAUAUAUUAUAAUUGGAUGCACUUUUGAACUAUUGUUGGUCUGUACAUGCUCAAAUUUUGCAGGACAUUUUCCAGAUUUUCAUAACCAUGCCAAAUGCACUACCAUUCAAAAGCUUAGGGUCGGUAAGAUUUUUUUGUUUUCCCCAAAGGAAAUUAAACUUUUAUUCAGCAAGGAUGCAUUCAGUUGAUCAAAUGUUACAGUAAAGAGAUCCAUAAUUUUACAAAAGUUUUCUGUUUCAAAUAAAUGUUCUUUUGGAAAUCGUAUCACAUCACAGGAAUAAAUGACAGUUUAAAAUAUAUUAAAGUAAUAUGUAAUAUUGAAUAAUUUAAAAUAUAUUAAAUUAUUUUUAAUCAAAUAAACGCAACCUUGAUGAACAUAAGACACUUUUUUCAAAAUUAAAAAAAAUAUUACUGACUAUAAACUUUUGAGCGGUAGCGUACAUUGUAUUGCAUUGUAAAAAUCACAUCAAGUGGUCACAGAUUGCCUGAAAUAUAAUUUAAACGAUAAACUACAACUUUACUGAAGUUUAGAAGGAGUUCAUGCAUGAACUUGACUGAAUUAUUUUCACUUUUUUAAUUGAAAUGAACAUUUAUAAGAGGGGAAUCCUAAGUGAAUGUUUGAGCCUUAUUUCUAUCUAUAUUUUAUAAGAUGUCUCAAUAUGUCAUCAGGGUAAUUCUAGGAUUGAAACGUAAAGCUCAAACAGCAUAUUUGGGAUUUGUUUUAAAGAAAUUGAUUGUUCAUUUGUCUUCAUGUCAGUGUCAAAGGUCUGAGUGACUUCUUACAUGACACAAUGAAUAUAAUAAGAUGGUUUUAUGAUCCAAUAUAUAAAUAUAUAUUUUCAAUUAUUAAUCAUACUAAAGGGAAAUAUCUUUUAAACUGGAAAUGUGUAUAUAAAACUGUGUAUAUAUUUAUCAUACACAGCGUUCUUUCAGGCAUAAAGAAAGUUUUACAGAACUGUUCAUUGUUUGGAGGCAGGUUGACAUUCCUUUAAAGUUGAAAGUGAAAUGGAUUAAUCUCACAUCAUGUCCUAACCAGUCAUAAUGUGACCAGUCAGAAGUUUCUUCCAUUAUAAUUUGAGUUUUGCCAACUGUGAAAGCUGAUUGGUCAAAAAUUCUGCGCCACGUAGUUGCAAACCUGUUCUGUGUUGCUGUGAUUGUAUUUUUAAUUUCAAAGUGGACAAACGAAUUGCUUGCCGCGUCGCAGUCGGUUGGUUAGGACAGUGUUUUUGCUUUGCACGAUUUGAGUGCGUUUCGCCUCUUCUCCUGUAGAUACCCUCAAACAUACACAUCUGAUCCAGACCGCUGAUUUGUGUUUUCAGUAUAUUUACCAAAAGAUUAUCUUUGUUUAAUAGUGAUUGUGUUUUGCUCAUGCUGUUACUGCUUUAUGAUCUAUAAAAAAGCACUUAGAGCAUUGAACUACAACAUGUAUUGUUGAAUGUCCUUUUGUUUACUGACUUGCACCUCCAAAAAUCUCUAAUAUACACCCAUAAGCUGGUUUUCAA